AUGACUUGGAUUUUUAUAGCAUAAAUUUGUAAUAUCAGUAAUCUAAUUAGGCCUUCAAAAUCCNUACAUUAACGAAGGGAUGGAGGAAGUCUAAUUUAGUGAAGCCAGAGAAGAAUUAGCAAUUCUUGAAAAAGAUUAUGAAGAAGUUAACUUGUCAGUAAUCGAUGAAGAAAUAGAUAAACCACCAGAAUGA